AUGUCUCUUCUUUUUUUUCUUAUUUGCUUUUUUUUCUUAUUUGCUUUCUUCUUUCUUCUCUCUUUCGUUCUGUCUUUACAAGAAUUGCAUUCGUUCACCUUUUUUCCUUCUCUUUCACAUCUCCCUUCUUUUUUAACCUUUUUUCCUUCUCUUUCAUCUUCCUCUUCUUUUUUAGCCUUUUUUCUUCUUUUUUACAUCUCUCUCCUUUUUAGCCUUUUCUCCUUCUCUUUCACAUCUUUUUUUAUGCUUUCUCUUUCACACCUGUCUUCUUGUUUUAGUCUUUUUUCUUCUCUUUCUCGUCCCUCUUCUCUUUUCCUUCUCUUUUCAUGCUCUUUCCCCUUCGUUCUUCCAUACUACUUUUUCUCGUACUCUAUUUCAUUCUUUUAUGCUUUUCCCCGUUCUUUCUUCCAUACUACAUUUGCUUAUUCUUUUUCUUCUAACUUAUUUCAUUCGUUCUUCUCUUCUUUCAUUAUUGUUUUAUCUUUUUUUCUUCUUCUUCAUUUUUUCAAGCUUUUCCGUUAUUUUUAUUACAGGUUUCUUAUUCCUUUUUCUUCUUUUCUUUCAUUUUCUUAUUUUUCUUCGUUAUUCUUCUUGUGCUAA